AGUUCAACCAUCGAAUUGUCACACACAAAACGUGAUUAUUUCCAUGAAAAAGAAAGUUCACGGGAAUUACGAUAGAGUGCGAUAAGCAGAUAAUUUAUGUACAUACAGAUUCACGCGAAGAAUGAUCUUCUUAAAAUUAUUAUGUGAUGUCGCUUUACGCGAUAUGUCGUUUUCGUUGAUAUUGUCGUCGAGGUACACCUGUGGACUUUCUCUUUCUUCUUCCGUCGAAAUAUUGGGUUACAGAUGAAACUGAACUUACGUGAAAUCUCUGGAAUCUCGAGAUUCUCCAUUAUAACAAGUGGACGGUUUAAGAAUUUAUUAGAGGCAUUAUUCCAUCUACUUUCCACGGCCCUUGAUUUUGUAGCCAUCGCGCGGUUGGUUGAGUAAGACUGCCUUGUAGAAUACAGGAAGUCACGUUCUCGGUUAAUUAAUUACAUUUGUGCAUUGGAGGUUGUAGAUAACAUCGAUAAAACACAUGAUCUCAAGAUAUCUGCAUAUUUACCUGCCGGUCAACGAGUCUCGGAUGAUGCGUGGAAAGUCCACUGACGAAUUCUUUACUCGCGGAAAACUGUGGCACAUAGUUAUUGGUUGAACAUACGUAAGCGGGGAGAUCCAAGCUGCCUUCAAAAGGCGGACCCUCUUCGUACAUACGCGUUAUGUCCGUUGAUGGGACAAGAGACCCCUCUCAAUGACCAUUCUCGUGGGGUACGCAUGACCUCCGCAGAGAACUUCUGCAUUAUAUAGAGGAGCGAAUUGCCGACACCGGUCCAGUCCUUCGUAAAGUGUUGUCGCGGGUGUAGAUAAGACGCAGCUUCCGUCAUCGCGAAUGCAUGUGUCGCAUGGUGCGUCCGAAUCUUGGCCGGUGACCAGAGAGUUGAAUGCCUGACAACGUGCAUCGGCCAGAGUGCUAGUGCGAUCGUCAUUUUACAUUGUCGGUGAUCUGGAGUUUUCCACGCGAUCAGAAUUAAAAUGCAGUCGAGAAUGAUAACGUGGAAUGUACUGUUAAUUCUACUUCCUCUAAUUAUUCAUAAAAGUCGAUCAGAAACAAUAGUAACGGCAUACAACAAUCUUGGCUUGACACCAAUCGAUCCGGAGAUCGCUGAUAAAGUUGACUGGAAUCGUCACGCAUGUCGACGAACGUGUAGGGAUGGUGCGGCGCCUCUGGAUUGUUAUUACACUUUCAAGCUGGAGUCUUAUUACACAAUGAGCAAAGCGUGUUACAACUGUCCGUUCAAUAUCACGGACUGUUUUCGGCCUCAUUGCAUCCCGGCCGACGGCAUAAAGCGAUCUCUUUUAGUCGUGAACCGGCAAAUGCCAGGCCCAUCAAUCGAAGUGUGCCAAGGCGACAAGAUAAUGGUCGAUAUGAUCAACUUGUUGCACGCGGAGAGCACGACGAUGCACUGGCACGGUCAGCAUCAUCUCAACACGCCGUACAUGGACGGUGUACCUUAUAUAUCGCAAUGUCCUAUUCCUCCAGGAGCGACUUUCCGAUACAAUUACACCGCCACCGAAGGCGGCACGCAUUUUUGGCAUUCUCAUAUAGGAUUUCAGAGGGGCGAUGGUGUGUUCGGGCCAUUAAUUGUUCGUGUGCCUCCUAAAGUCGAUUGGCACAAAGAUCUUUAUGAUUACGACGAACAUAUGUUAGUAGUCACAGAUUGGAUCCAUGAACUCGGUCUUAGCAAGUUCCUGGCGCAUCAUCACGCAGAUGGUGACAACAAAGCGCCGAAUAUAUUGAUAAAUGGCCUCGGUCGUUUCAUCGCUAUUGAGGAUGAAAAUCAAACAUUGGCUGAUAUGCCUAUUGAGACGUUCGUCGUAAAAUCGAAUUUCCGAUACAGAUUCAGACUGAUUAAUGCGGAAUUUCUGAACUGCCCAAUAGAAGUUUCCAUCGAUAAUCACACUUUGCAUGUAAUUAGUUCAGACGGACGUGAUAUUGAAUCAGUAGAAGCUGUAUCUUUGGUGAAUUAUGCUGGCGAAAGAUUCGAUUUCAUAGUCGAGAUGAACCAACCGAUAGACAACUAUUGGAUAAGAUUCCGAGGAUUGAUGGAUUGCGACGAGAGAUUUUUGAGUGCCCACCAAGUUGCAUUAUUACGAUACGAAGGCGCGCCCGAGGAGGAACCGGCGGCGGAAGUGACAUAUGAUCACGUUCGAAAUGGAUUGCAAGUAAAUGCUCUAAACAAGGGGACAGAAAUGAAUAAUAGUAUUAGUAUGCCGCUGCUAAAUGCGAUGGACGAUGACGAUAUUUCAAACACCAAAACACCAGAUUAUCAAUUUUACGUGUCGUAUGACUUUUACAAGAAGGACAACCCGCAUUUUCAUCGCAAGAAUCUGUACGGCUUCCAUCAAGUGAAACAGCAAGUACUUACGCCGCAACUAAAUCACAUAUCAAUGAAGCUGCCGUCUUUCCCGCUCCUGCCUGACAGACAUCUUAUUAAACCGAAUCAAUUUUGUAACUCCAGCACGGUCAAAGGAUGCGAAAAUGAUUAUUGCGCUUGCACUCACGUACUUCAGGUCAAACUUAACAGCGUAGUGGAGCUGGUUUUGAUCGAUGAAGGUAUUCCAUAUGACGCGAAUCAUCCGUUUCACCUUCACGGUUAUCAGUUCCGCGUUGUGGCUAUGGAAAGAGUAGGAAAUACCACUACCGCUGCUGAAGUAAAGGAAUUGGACAGACAGGGUUUGAUAGCCAGGAAACUUGCACAGGCGCCUUUAAAGGACACAGUGACCGUGCCUGACGGCGGUUACACCAUCGUACGAUUUCACGCCAAUAAUCCAGGAUAUUGGCUGUUUCAUUGUCACAUCGAAUUUCACGCGGAAAUAGGAAUGGCACUUAUCUUCAAAGUGGGCGAACACGAGGAGAUGCCGCCCGUGCCUCGUAAUUUUCCCAAAUGCGGCGACUGGAAAUCGACAGACGAUCAGGCCGAAGGCUCGACAACCAGUACUUCCACUGCAAUUUCUACGACGACUGAAAGGACAAAGUCCACAGAUGAUCUUACGAAAAAGAUAGACCAACUUUUGAAAUAUUUUGAGCAGUUUUUUAAAAUGCAAGCGACAUCCUCGGCGUCCAGUUCGAGUGUAACAUUGCUCCUUUUUCUCAUUUGCUUAUUGAGUUCUAUAAAAGUGGAAUUUGUUGCAGUUUAACAGAGUAUCAGUAAGUAAUAGACGUUGGCUAUAUUUAAUAAUUAAUAAUUGUUACUUAUCUAUGAAAAUGCUAUAAAGACAAAGAAUGAUUAUUAAUUAUUAAGUAUUAAAAACUAAUAUUUACAAGUAUUAAUAUUUGUAGGGAUAUAUUGUUCGUAUUUUAACACUGAUUGUUAGAUAUUUUAUAAAUCAAUUCUGUGUGAAACUGACAAAGCUAAGAUGAAAUAGCAACUGAAAUUUUAGAAGUGCCUUUACAAUCACAAACAUCGUCAUCUUUAUGUUAAAUAAGUAAGCGAACAUUAUAUUAAUAAGUGAUUUACAUUACUGUGAUAUAAAAGUACAUUAUAAUUAUCGACUGCACUAUCUGGCAAUGCAUAUCUCAUUUUAACACUUUUAUUAUCUUUAAAGAUAGAUCAGUUUUAUUCCAAUAAUGGAAUCAAUUAUAAUAUUUAAGUAACUUAUUAAAAAAAAAAAUUUUUUUAAUUAAAAAAAAAGUGUUAAAUAGGUGGACAGAAUUUUAAACUGUUCCUCAGUUUAAAGCUACAUAAUGUUAAAAAUUGCGUGGAGAAAAGGACUACAGUUUUUCGUUGAGAAGAAAAUCGGUUCCAAAUUGACCAAAAAAUCUACCAUUGAAAUAUAAUCUGGUAGAAACAGGACGUUCUGUAGAUUGCCACGAGAUGUGCAUUGCUACGGUAAUUGCGCCACUGUGACCACAUAAGUAUACAUAAUGCAUAAUAAUACAAUCGGUAGAUUAUUCAUAACGACAUAUCAGACGAAUGAAUGUAUUCAUAUAUAUGCAAAGUAUUUUACAUAUGUCAGAUAUAUUUUUAUAUGCGUGUAUGUGUAUUCUUAUUGACAAAGAGUGUAUCAUAUAUUUAAAUAUAUGCAGGUUAUCUCUGAGA